AUGGAUUCGCUUCCGUCGAACUCGAAAUCACACAGCCUGUUCCAGGUCUACCUCCGACUGCGGCCACCACAGACUGGAGCCACCGCGGCGGAUCGCUUCCUCGACGUAGAGCCGCCAGCAACAGAUGCCGCGUCGACCGCACCGACUCACAUUCGCCUCAACCCGCCCAACGACCGGCGGCGAGCGAUUGAGAAGUUCUGCUUCACACAGGUCUUUGAGGAGGACGCCAGCCAGCUUGAUGUUUUCCACUGCACCAAUGUUGUUCCGCUGGUUGAGGGCGUGCUCGCACCCCAUGGCGGUGAAGGCACCGAUGCGCUGCUCGCCACACUCGGCGUCACGGGCUCCGGAAAGUCGCACACAAUUCUCGGCUCCCGGUCCCAGCGCGGUCUAACACAGCUUACGCUCGACGUUCUUUUCCGCUCAAUCGGCCACAACAUUGCCGACUGCGCGACAUCUUCGUCUCUCGAAGCUUCGAUCAACGCAUCCGACGCAUCCGAAGCCACCAUCUACACAGCAUCGACUUUCCUCGACUCGGUGUAUGCCGACGCUUCUGGCCCGUCCCACUACAGCUCGCGGGCUCCCACUCCCAUGAUCGUACGACCCCCUUCUCCUUAUUGUCUCUCUGACGCGCCUCCCUCCCCAGAGCAGCAAUAUGAAAAUAAAGACGACUUGCCGGAAUGCAACGGCAGUCUCAGUGGGCUGCCCAUACCAGGCAUGUUUCCGACCAGUCCAAGCCCCAGUGGGCGUCAAACUGCAGGCCUUCGACAGGCCAGCGUCCGAAUCGUCCGCCGCGAAGACUACGCAGUUCCUACAACAAGCUGUGCUUUGCCGGUACCAGUAACGCCCGUCAAACAAACAGCCGUAGCAAGAUGCGGGCUGAAUAUGCUGCCAGGCCCUGGCAACAAGGCCAAGGCCAAGCCAGCCUCCUCUGCCAAAACGCCACGGACGGCGCGACGUUUUAUGGCGUCCACGACCGCGUCGUCCAAGCAGCAAAAACACAUGGAUGCUAAACAUUUCUUUUCACAGGGCGACUACUCGUCAGCAGGUGCACCGCCACCGCCAACCCCUCGCCGUCUUCUCAACCGACCAUCUGCUUUCCCGCAACAACCCGACAUUAGCGGUGUGAAUGUCAACAGCGAUCCGGGCUCCCAGUACACCGUGCUGGUGUCGAUGUACGAGGUCUACAACGACCGCAUCUUCGACCUGCUGACGCCACCCAUCAAGUCAGCUGCGACCAAGGAAUACCGCCGGCGGCCACUGCUGUUCAAGAGCACAGAGCUCUCGCCUGACCGGAAGGUGGUCGCUGGUCUGCGCAAGAUCAUCUGCAGCAACCUGAACCAGGCGCUGCUGGUGCUUGAGGCAGGCCUUCACGAGCGCCGUGUCGCCGGUACCGGUAGUAACAGCGUCAGCUCGCGCAGCCACGGCUUUGUGUGCAUCGAGGUCAAGAAGCGGUCCGUACAGGGUCGUCACAAGGAGUCAGCGCUGUGGACCGGAAAUGUUUUGACAAUUGUUGAUCUGGCUGGCAGCGAGAGAGCACGCGACGCCAAGACGGCCGGCGCGACUCUUGCUGAGGCUGGCAAGAUCAACGAGAGUCUCAUGUAUCUGGGACAGUGUCUGCAGAUGCAGAGCGAUGUUGGCAGCUCGACCAAGCCCAAUAUGGUGCCAUUCCGCCAGUGUAAACUCACCGAGCUUCUCUUCUCCAACUCCUUCCCAUCCGCGUCCAUGCAGUCGUCGCAUUUCGGCCAGUCUGUUCGGCGGAACCCUCAGAAAGCCGUCAUGAUCGUCACCGCCGACCCGCACGGCGAUUUCAACGCCACGUCGCAGAUUUUGCGCUACAGCGCCCUUGCUCGCGAAAUCACUGUUCCGCGCAUCCCGUCCAUUACACAGACGAUUCUGGGAUCUGCGCCGGCCACUUCGCAGCAUGGACCUCUCGGCACGUCGCCCCCUCUGUCAACCAUUAGCACCGCUAGCAGCGGCUACCAUGCCGGCAAUCACACCGUGCAACACCACCGGCCUUUCUUCCCGCCUGGGAGCACAGCCAGCUCAGCGCCACACAACCGAACGUUCUCCCCGAUCAGCAAUGCGUCGUCGGAAGACCGCGUCACAAUGGAGAUUGCUGCUCUGGAGAUUUCGCGCCUGUCGGAAGAAAUCGACUACCUGCGGGCCUCGCUCGAACAGGAGUCUGAGAAGCGUCAUGAGGCGGAGUCCCACCUGCUCUCCAUGACCGACCGGAUGCUGGAGCAAGAGCAAGAGAUCCGCGAAGACUGUGCGAUUGAGUUUGAGACGCGCUUGGCCGUUGAGAUGGCUCGCUGGAAGGCGAGCCUCGAGGUCGAGAAGGAGCGUGGCGAAGAGCACUGGGACCGCAAGGUCGAGGUGAUGGAGCGUCUCCAGAGCACAGAGACUGACGAGAAUCAGGGCAGUCGUGGCCGCUGCGAUCAUGAAGACAAGGAGAAUGUCCUGGUGGAGAACCUUGAGGAAGAGAAUGAGCGCUUGCGGCGCGAAAUUGCCGUCCUGAAGCGGGAACUCACGGGCCGGUCACCUGUAAAGCGCAAGCCUUUGCGCGAGCGCGACGAUCUACCGACGGCUUCGCCAGGUGCCUCGACACCAGCGUCCGCCGGCCGCGCAGCCGUCGACAGGCAUGCCGGUGCAGGCAGCUCUGCUGAAAAAGUGCUCGAAAAGGCCGGCGAAAGCCUCCGGCGGAAGAUGGAGAGGUUGCGCAUGAGCGACGAUGAUGCUGACACCAUUAUGGGUCGUCCAAGCGGGCGUCCCAGCGGGGCGUCCGUCAAGUCCACCACCAGCAGCGGCAGUCCAAAGAAAAUGCGCAAGCUUUCGCCGAGAAAGUGGGAUGUUGCUCUUGAUGACGAUGAUUUGUUUUGA